AUGGCAAUACUGAAAUCAUCAUGCAAUUUCGACAACACCACCGACGGUUUCGUAUGCCGGUUUACAGGUGUGGAGUGCUGGAACUUCGACGACGAGAAUAAGGUCUCCGCGUUGCGUCUCAGCAGCUUGGGUCUUGAAGGCCAGUUUCCUCGAGGUCUCGAGUACUGCACAAGCUUGGAUGUGCUGGACCUGUCAAACAACAAUUUUGCAGGACCCAUCCCUUCGAACAUCACACGGCAGGUGACAUACUUGACAUCUCUUGACCUCUCGUACAAUAGUUUUUCAGGUGAGAUCCCAGUCGGCAUCGGCAAUAUGGCCCUGUACGCCCUGUACAUUCAGCACAACCAACUCAGUGGUCAAAUUCCAAGGGAAUUUCAUGGGCUUCUUCGGUUAACAUCGCUCAAUGUUGCAGACAACCGGUUGUCUGGGCUUAUUCCUUUGUUUCUAUCCAAGUUCCCGGCAUCAAACUUUGCUGGUAACAAAGGGCUCUGUGGUCCACCGUUGGAUGACUGGCAAUUAAUUAAUUAA